ACUAUCAACGAAGCCACAAGUGCUAUUGCGAAUUCACGACAAUAUCUAUUAGACGUUCAAAACGUGGCACAACUGCGAUCGAUACUAGUAUCUACUUUCGUCAAACAAAGCCGAGUAUUUCCAUUGAUACCAAUGUAUCACUUUCGCCGGCAAUAUGCAACGAUCGAUUUACAGACUCUGAGAUCAUUAUUGCUCAAAGCACGCGUUCCACUCCUUCCAGCUCGUGAAACAGUAUUCGCACAGACUUGGCACGCUGUCGAUUGUAUUUUCACACGAAGAAAGCUCGAAAGCUUGCCACAACUAGCAAUAGAAAAUUUUACUACCGCUGAACUUGACAGAGCUUUCCAUCUUUGGGGAGUCGAUCCAGGGAUCACCGAAAUUUUCGCUGUCAACGAUGGACAUGGCCAACAAACGCACCAGAUCCGGAGGUGCUCAACGGCCGAAUUUUACCACAAUUCGGGGGUUAAGAAAUCGGCAGCGAAAAUGCUUGCAAUGAAGCAGCAGACAUUAACUGAUGGGCGAUCCAUUGCUGAUAUUGAGCGGGAUUUGCCGUCACGAAAAUCGUCUCCUAAAGCGAAUAUCAUCCGUUAUGCCCAAGAGUUAUCCCGGGAUCUGAAUUCCAUGCUCAAUUUUUACGAUGAUCGCUUUUCCUCGCUCCGUUUCUGGAACUAUAUCGGCAAGCAAAAGGCGGGAGCGAGCUUGUGAACAUCAUGGUAAAUGGCGCUAAAAAAUACGCCACUCCCAAGCAAGAGGAAAAGAAGGAAAGGGACAGAAGAGGCAAAAGGUAACAUCCAUUGAAUUCUCCUUUUUGUUUC